AUGACAAAACGUCGUGCAAGCAACAAGAAGCCUACUGGAUUGAACAAAUCACUCGGUAAUUCGCUCAGCAAUGAUCGCGAAAAAACGAGAAAGAGUCAUCAGCGUGCCAAGUACGAUGGAAAUGAUAUCGAGAAUCCUGCAUUCAUGGAACACGAGGUCAAUCACUACAUCGACUCUGUCACAGACGAGACGAGUUUGGAGGAGUUUUUGGCCAAAGCUGAGCUUGCUGGAACUGAGUUCACUGCCGAGAAAGAGCAGUUCAAAAUUAUUGAAAAGUUGGUUGAUUGUUUGUGCAUGAAGCGAGCAUGAUUUCAUUUUUCAGAAAUUCAGCUGUUGUUGUCCCGUCGCGUGUCGAUUACCGCACCAAUCUCGAAUUGCAGCAACAAAAUGAGCAUCGACUUCGUAUUCCCAGACGUCCAGCCAAAGAAUUGUGGGACAGUAUGGAGGAGCUGACCAGAUUGGAGAACGACGCGUUCCUUCAGUGGAGGUCCGAUCUCAGCGAGCUUCAAGAGGCACGCCAUUAUUUAAAAGUGGAUUUUAUUUGAAUUUUUAGGUAGAUGGAUUGGUGCUGACUCCAUUCGAACGGAAUCCCGACAUGUGGCGCGAACUGUGGAGAGUCGUCGAGAAGAGCGAUAUCAUCGUGCAAAUUGUCGACGCCCGCAAUCCGCUGCUGUUCAGAAGCAAGGAUCUUGACAAUUAUGUCAAGGAGGUGGAUCCUGCGAAACAGAUUUUGUUGUUGGUCAACAAGGCCGAUUUGUUAAAGCCGGAACAGCUAGAUCAUUGGACCCAGUACUUCAAACAAGAGAAUAUCAAUGUUAUCUUCUGGUUUGUUAAGGAAUCCUGGUUCGUCUCUGAUUGCAGUUUUUAGGUCAGCUAUCGACGAUGUUUUGGAACCGAUCGACGAGGAGAAUGCAGAUAUUCCACCACCAUCGACAUCAAAAUCUGAUCUGUUUGUGACGAACAAGGAUAAUCUCAUCGAAAAGUUCAAACAACUCGGACACGUGUCAGACGAGCCGUCAGCUAAACCGGUGAUGGUCGGAAUGGUCGGCUAUCCGAACGUUGGAAAGAGUUCUACGAUCAACAAACUUGCCGGUGGAAAGAAGGUCUCAGUAUCAGCGACUCCCGGAAAGACUAGGCAUUUCCAAACUAUUCACAUCGACAGUCAACUCUGCUUGUGUGAUUGCCCCGGACUUGUCAUGCCUUCCUUCUCGUUUGGAAGAAGCGAAAUGUUCCUCAAUGGUAGGCGGUUGUUGAAUCAAGAUUAACCCUUAUGUUUGUACUUGUUAGGUAUUCUUCCGAUUGACCAGAUGCGAGAUCACUUCAGGCCGACUUCCUUGCUUCUUUCAAGGGUCCCUGUCCACGUCAUCGAAGCAAUGUACUCUAUCAUGCUUCCGGAAAUGGACAAACCUUCCCCAGUCAACUUGCUGAACUCUCUCGCUUUUAUGCGAGGAUUCAUGGCUUCGUCGGGAAUCCCGGAUGGCUCUCGAGCUGCAAGACUGAUGUUGAAAGACGUUGUCAGCGGAAAACUGAUGUGGGCUGCUGCUCCUCCGGGCAUCGAUCAAGAGGAGUUCGAUCGUUUCUCCUAUCCGGAAAAGAAGCACCGCGAUAUUGGACGCGUGCAGAUGGAGAAGCUGACGAAACUUCAGCUACUGGAAGGAGACGAGUUGAAAGGGAAUCAGUUCGACUCGCAACACUUCUCCGGAUCUGUCGGAACUUCACACGUUAAAGACUCAAAGGCUUUGCCACGUAAUCUCGGAACCGUAGUCCCAACGGGUCCAGUCGAAUCAAACGGGAAGAAGCACUUUAAAGGAAAGAAAGACAAAUUGAGAAGGAUAUAUAACGAAUAAAGCCCUUCUUCCAUUGUUAUAUUCAUGUCGCCGCUUUCCUUUUCAAUUCAUUACUGGUUUACACCCAGAUUAUAUCUUCUUAUUUCCUCUUUUGUUGCUCCCAUUUCUCUUGUUGAUCUUUUUAAUCAUAGUUUCAGGUAAACAUGGGCAAGAUUAUGAAGCCUGGAAAGGUCGUCCUCGUCCUCAGAGGAAAGUAUGCUGGUCGCAAGGCCGUCGUUGUCAAGCCACAAGACGAGGGAGUGUCGGACAGAACGUAUCCACACGCCAUCAUCGCUGGAAUUGACCGAUACCCACUCAAGGUAAAUUCAGAUCUAAUAACAAUUCAGAUCUAAUAGCACCUAAAUAUUUUAUUUCAGGUCACCAAGGACAUGGGAAAGAAGAAGAUCGAGAAGAGAAACAAGCUGAAGCCGUUCCUCAAGGUCGUCUCCUACACCCACUUGCUUCCGACCCGCUACUCCGUCGAUGUUACCUUCGACAAGGCUAACAUCAACAAGGUUUGUUCCCUCAAAAAUCUUCCAGAUUCCCUUUCCAUAAAGAAACUUUGUUUUAGGAGGCUCUCAAGGCCCCAACCAAGAAGAGAAAGGCCCUCGUCGAAGUCAAGUCCAAGUUCGAGGAGCGCUACAAGACCGGAAAGAACAAGUGGUUCUUCACCAAGCUGCGAUUCUAA